CUCUCUACUCGAUGAGUAGCCUACGUACUUCAAAACAAGAUGAAGAAGUUGUUUAUGUGUCUCCUCUUCUGUCACGUUGCAACUACAGUGAAACACUCCCUGAAAUAUUUCCUUACUGCAACUUCUGGAAUCCCAAACUUUCCAGAGUUUGUGGGUGCUGCAAUGGUUGAUGAUGUUCAGGUGGGUUACUGUGACAGCAACAUCAAGAAAGCAGAACCCAAACAGGACUGGAUGAAAAUAUUAAUAAAGGAUGACCCACAACACCUGGAGUGGUAUGCUUUGAAGUGUUCUGGUAAUCAGCAGGUCUUCAGAGCUAACAUUGACAGCUUGAAGCAACGCUUAAACCACACCGGAGGUGCCCACAUUUUACAGAGAAUGAACGGCUGUGAAUGGGACGAUGAGACUGGAGAGGUUAUUGGUUUUAAUCAGUAUGGUUACGAUGGAGAAGACUUCAUAGCAUUGGACCUGCAGACACUGACAUGGACUGCUCCAAAACCACAAGCUUUCAUAACUAAACUUAAAUGGGAUACUGAGAAAGCUAGAUUAGAAUACAAUAAAAACUACUACAUCCACAAAUGCCCUGAUUGGCUGAAGAAGUAUGUGCACUAUGGGAGGAGCUUUCUGCAGAAAACAGAGCUUCCCUCAGUGUCUCUCCUCCAGAAGACUCCCUCCUCUCCAGUCAGCUGCCACGCUACAGGUUUCUACCCUGACAGAGCCCUGAUGUUCUGGAGGAAAGAUGAAGAGGAGCUUCAUGAGGACGUCGACCACGGAGAGAUCCUCCCCAACAACGAUGGAUCCUUCCAGAUGAGUGUUGACCUGAAACUUUCAUCUGACACACCUGAAGACUGGAGGAGGUACGACUGUGUGUUUCAGCUCUCUGGUGUGAAGGACGACAUCAUCACCAAACUGGACAAAGCAAAGAUCAGGACCAACUGGGCUUCUCCUGCAGGGUUCCCUGCUGGUGCUGUUACUGGAGCUAUUGUAGGCCUGCUCCUCACAGCAGUCUGCAUCGCUGGAAACUUCAUCUGGAGAAGGUGCAAUAAUGGGUUCCAGCCUGCUAACAGGGGACACUGACGAAUAGAAGAGGAAGCUCAAAUCCACUGAUCGCAAUACCACAACAUUUUCCUGGACAGGAUUUUCUCAAAGAAAAAAAAACAUCUGAAGAGUAUUGAUAUUGCUGAAUGGGGUGUAACUCUGAGGUCAAGCAGAAUACACUAAUGCAAAUGGCCCACAGCACAUGUUCACUUAGACACGACUGACAGAGCUGAUGGUUGUCUGGAACACAGAGUCAUUUUGAGAGGUAAAAAAACUUCAUUGGUCAUCAGUCCUUUCAGUGGGACUCUGACCCACUAGCAUGUUAUGGGUACCUCGGACUGCUCUAGGAUCAGCACACUGGACAGCGGUCAUGAGAGUCUCCCAUGUGAGUAAAGGACAUAUGGGCUGCUGUGUUGGCUAGAAAUUCAGCACUUAAUUUUAGGUUGGUUCUCUUGUAAACAAGGAUCUGUUCUCCAUGACUUCAGGAAAGCUGCAGUAUAUAGUGAGAUAGAGAAUGGCACCAUGUUGAAAACGUUGUGUGUCAUGACUUGAUGAUAGAAGAAGAAUGAAUAAGUGAAAAUACUUUACUUCCGGCAGGCCGGUCUCAGUCUCAAUGAAUAUUUAACAUUUGUACUUACAGUCCAUGUUUGUCCUGCAGAGAAAAGUCAUCUAUUAUUACUGAAGCUGUGCAAUGCUCUCUCUCCUCUUUGUGUGAAUGAUGUUGUCCUCUUCUGCAUUUGUGUGGCCUGUCCUUGUUCCAGGACUCAAUGAUGGAGGUGGUGUGGAAUAGAUCCUAUUCAGUGAGCGACACCUGAAGCUGCUCACAUGUUCUCCUGGAUCCAUUCUCUUCAUCUAUGUUUUACAAUUUGGUAAAAACAGCAGUUUAAUUUCUAUGUGUUGUGUUCGUUCAUUAAAUUAUUGUGCAAGAAAAAUUCUCUA